GGAACAGUGAAAAGGGAGAGCGAGCGGUGUGGAUGCUAUCCCAGUAGUAAAUGGCGAUACCUGCUAUGCGUUUGGUAUUUUGCCUCUUAUCGGGGCCAUACCAUUCAGAGGCGACGAACCUUUUCCACUGAAAGUUCUCGAAAGUCGGAAAGCAACAAGAGAUUCUGUUACGCUCGCUCUCUCUCUGUUUCUCGCCCUAGUCUCUCGAUUUCUCUGUGCUUCGUCUGCUACCACCUUUUUCAUCCCCCCUUUUCCUUUGCUUUUUGGCCUUUCUCGCGCUUCCCACUGGUGCACCGGUCGUCUUAUCGGACAUGAGCGUUGGAGACAGAGUUCGGCGGCAUCACCAGAAAGGGCGUGCUCCACCUCUUCUUCCGUCUGAACCGAAACCAGCGGCUGUGCCUGGAACUGGAAGUCCGGCGCCGGAGAGGUUCUCUACGAUUUCCCAGACGGGAACGCUCUGAGAAAGGAAGGAUCGUGUUUAGUAAUAUUGAGGGCGCGGCUACUUUUACUUUCUCCCGCGGGAUUUAGCUGGAAAUUUCUUUUUCCGGCAUGGAGCCAAUGGUUCCUCCGGUAGAGCAGAGCUGCGACUCGCCGACGGCCGCGGCUGCCUGCGGAGACGCGAACAAGACUCUUCCAACGCCCUUCCUGACGAAGACGUACCAGCUCGUCGACGAUCCUUCAGUCGACGACGUGAUCUCAUGGAACGACGAUGGUUCGGCGUUUGUCGUGUGGCGUCCGGCGGAGUUCGCUCGCGAUGUCCUUCCGAAGUACUUCAAGCACAACAACUUCUCUAGCUUCGUCCGGCAACUGAAUACUUACGGUUUCCGGAAGAUCGUUCCUGACCGGUGGGAGUUCGCGAACGAUUGCUUUCGGAAGGGCGAGAAAAGAAUGCUAUGCGGGAUCCACCGCCGUAAAGCCCUGCUGCAGGCGAAUUUACCGGCUAACGUAUCGGCAUCGUCGGCAAGUUCCGGCGAGGAGCCGUUUCCGUCGACUUCGAAUGGAGCAGAGAUGGCGGCAGCAGUGGCGUGCACGUGGAGCGGCGCCACUGCAACGGAGCUCCUGGAGGAGAACGAGAAGCUGAGGAAGGAGAAUUUCCACCUGAGGCAGGAGAUCAACCAAAUGAAGGGCCUGUGCAACAACAUUUUCGCGCUCAUGACAAAAUACGCCAAGCGGACAGAAAACGGACUCGCGUCCACAACCGUCGGUAGGCCGACGGUGAUCUCACCGGAAGCGCCGGCCGACCGUCGAGAAGUGAAGACGGAGGCGGAGGAGGAGGAGGAGGAGGAGCAGGAGGAGGAGGUGGUGCGUGGACACAGCGUGGAGCGUGAGGAAGAGGCUAGAAGCGCCGAAGCGAGCCCGAGGCUAUUCGGCGUCUCGAUACGGACGAGCAAGCGAGUCAGGGAGGAAACGAAUCGGAACGACGGGAUGAAAUCCGAGUCGUUGGAUCCCGCCUCGCUAUCUCUGUGGCUCCGGUACCGCUUUCAAGGCAGCCAAUCGGACCACCUCAAGAUAGGGUCGGGAGACUGAGGACGAGAGAUUUGAGCUGCCACGUCUCGUUUAAAUCUCAUGGACGUAUUAAAUCCGGAAAGCAGUGGAAAUUAUGGGAUAUUUACUUUUCUGGAAAUGUUUGACCGUCGAUUCUCGCGAUUGACGUCGGGAACAGGUCGGGCAUGGUGUGGUUAGGCACUUUCGAGAUAGGGAAUGAUCCCAUGGUUGUAGUUGUCUCGCAGUUGGGCACGAACACAAGACAAAAAGAAACGGAUUGGUUGUCCACUGGGAGCUGAGAAACAAACGAACGAAAAGUUUACUUACUCUCAUGUUCGGAAAGAAAGCGAAGGAUGGAGGAAGACGGUUGGGUGGCGACUCUCGUGGUGAGGGAAUGCGAGACUCUCUCUCUGUUGGGGGCUGGUGCGAUAUCGUUGAGUUUGGAG